UGUGGGCGUCCGUUACAUGGGUGUACUAUUUGCAAAAAAACAGUAGAUAUCAGUGCAAGAUAUUUUAUAUAAGGCCCAGUUACUUGUUAAUCUCUGUAUUCUCAUCAUCUCAUAUGUUAAUAAUUCUAAAUUUGUAUUAAUAAUUAUAUGUGCAGAGAAUGGUUAGGUUUUAAUAAAGGCAAAGUGUACACUCAUUGAGCUCAAUAUGGCUACACAAUUCCUACCAACUAACUUGAGGGUUGUUUUAAAUUUUUUAUUAGUGGGGAAAAAUAUGUUUGACCUAAAAAAAUUUUUUUUUAAUGUAGACGUUGAAGAGGUUCUUUGACACCCAACUGUAGAAAUUUAAAGGGCACAGGUAGGCACCUCCUAAUUAGAAUCUUCUGUGGGAUGUACCACUGAAUGACAUGAAGCAACUAUUUAGGAUUGUGAUAGCGUGUCUAAUUGUCUGACUUAAGAAUGUUAGUCAACAAGACAGCAGAUGGACAAAACACUGCUUCAUUAGCCAGAGAGAACAAAGAUCCUAUGACCCAGCUCUACUCUCCUCUGCUUCAAAGGACUGAAUCUCCCUGGCAAGAACAGACAGAGUGUCCAGGAACUGGAAGUGACAAUGGGAAAUUCCUUGACUGCAGGAGCCUCAUAUGAACCUUCCCUUAUAUGCCCCACUUUAAUAAUUUAUAUUUAUUAUAUGUUACAUGAAGAAAUGAUAUGGUCUUGCAUCCCAAACUCAAGUAUGGUAUUUCUGAUGACAAAUGCUAUGUGAGAUGCAGAGAAGAAAGGACUGGUUAAUGAGGGUUCUCUGUUUCUGUCAUCCCAAAAUGUAUGCCAAAGCCACAAUUCAUUUAAUAUUUAGUUUCUUAUGAUAAAUGCAAUUUAAUUAAAGCACGAUUUUUGGAGAUAAUUAAGAGGCUUCUUCUGAGAUCAGUACACCAAUUCUUGCCAGAGGACACGGCCACUGAAAUGGCAAGGGCAUAAGAUUUGAAAUCCAAACAUUGGGAUUCAAGUACUCAUUUUGGGGUGUUUUCCUUUGGCAAGACACUUAAUUCUUUGUAACUUCCAUUUAUUUGUUCAAAACAGGUUUAUUGGAAAUUUAUGUUAGACACUGGAUUUGUUUGGGCUAAGAUUAUUGAGGAAAGAAUUGAAGUAACAUGUAUGAAAACUCUUUGUAAAAUGCAAAGCACUAUGCAAGCAUCAGAUAUUAAUUAUUACAAAGAUGAUUAUUGCACCUCCAUUUCCAGUCUUAGAAAUAAAGAUAUUUAGUGCCAGUCCUGGUAUCUCCCUUCAGAAGCUGCAAAAGGAUUUGUGAUCGUUUAUUUAGUCCUUAGAAAUGAUUUAAUUUUUCUGAAGAUAAUUCAAAAAUGGUUGCAGCAGUACAUCAACAGGGAACUGCCAGAGAUUCAAGCCGGAUUCAGAAGGAGACAAAUAAUGGGGGAUAUCAUUGCUGUUGCCAGAUAAAUCUUGGCUGAAUGUAGAGAAUACCAGAAAGACGUUUUAUUGACUAUGCAAAGGCAUUCAGCUGUGUGGAUCAUAACGAAUUAUGGAUAACAUUGAGAAGAAUGGGAAUUCAGAACUCUUGAUUGUGUUCAUGGGGGCACAAGAGGCAGUCUUGUUUGAACAGAACAAGGUACUGCAUGGUUUAAAAUCAGGAAAGGUGUGUGUCAGGGUUGUGUACUUUCACCAUACUUAUUCAAUCUGUAUGCUGAGCAAAUAAUUUGAGAAAAUGGACUUCAAAUGUAAAUGAAGCUGGAUUAUUUGAAGAAGAACACAGCAUCAGGAUUGGGGGAAGACUCAUUAACAACCUGUGAUAGGCAGAUGACACAACUUCGGUUGCUUAAAGCAAAAAGGACUUGAAGCACUUGCUGAUAAAGAUCGAAGACUACAGCCUUCAGUAUGGAUUACACCUCAACAUAAAACAAAAAUCCUCACAACUGAACCGAUAAACAAUAUCAUGAUAAACAGAGAAAAUACUGAAGUUGUCAAGGAUUUCAUUUUACUUUGAUCCAUAAUCAACACCUAUGGAAGAAGCAGUCAAGAAAUCAAACCAAGUAUUGCAAUUAGGCAAAUCUACUGCAAAAGACCUCUUGAAAGUAUUAAAAAGCAAAGAUGUCACUCUGAGGACUAAGGUGUACCUGACCCAAGCCAUAGUGUUUUCGAUCACCUUAUAUGCAUGUGAAAGCUGGGCAAUGAGUAAGACCAAAGCAGAAUUGAUUCAUCUGAAUUAUGGUGUUGGCAAAGAAUAUUGAAUAUACCAUGGACUGCCAAAAGAAUGAACAAAUCUGUCUUGGAAGAGGUACAGCCCGAAUGCUCCUUGGAAGUGAGGUUGGAGAGACUUCAUCUUAUGUACUUUUGACAUGUUAUCAGGAGGGAUCAGUCCCUGGAGAAAGACAUCAUGCUUGGUAAUGUAGAGGGUUGGAGAAAAAGAGGAAGACCCUCAAAGAGAUGAACUGACACAGCGGCUUCAACAAUAGGCUCAAACAUAGCAACGAUUGUGAGGAUGGUGCAGGACCGGGCAGUGUUUUGUUCUGUUGUGCUUAGUUGGAACCGACUCGAUGGCACAUAACAACAACAAAACAUGAUUUAUUUUUAAAUUGUCGCCAAUGGUGCAAAAGAGGACUAUUUGAUUUAUAGUUCAAAUAUUAUUCACCUGGGGAAAAUAUUAUCCAGAAGUUACCUUAAUAAUAAAUAAACAGUAAAAAAAAACACAAAAGUAGAAAUACAAAAUGUAGGCAUGUUUAAAAGAGCCAAGUACUGAGUACUCUUUUAACUUUAAAAUGAUGACUCCUAUGGUAAAAGAUUGCCCAAGUUAUAAUGAGUUCUACAAGCUCAUUCUUGUGUGAUUUCUAAAGCCAAAUUCAUAUUUGAAUAGAGAAAGGGAUCCUUUCUGGUAAAUCUAACUUGCUGGAUGGACAUGAUACAAAUGAUAACCUAUCUUGAACAUGUUUUCAAGGUGCAGAAUUUAUGAGCAAUUGAAAUUCCUGAUAGAAAGGCACAACACCUCAGAAGAAGAUAUUUUUAAUUUUUUAUAAUAAUUUGGGGCAAGCAAAAAUUCAUGGGAAGCUCUAAUAUCAAAAUGUAACAGCAGUGAUUAUAUAUUUUGACCUUUAAAAUGACUCUUUAGUAAUCAUAAUUAGAUUAAUUUUGAGAAAAAUUUGAAUGUUGAGCUAAAUUUAAGUUUCUAUUCAUUAGGUGUACCCAACCUAAAAGUCACUUUAAUUUUAUCUUAAAAGAUAAUUUUAAUCUUAUUUCUUUUUGGGGGGGUUGUUUGUUUGUUUGUUUGAUACUUUACUGGUUCUUUCUAGCCUAAUUUAGCGACACUGGUUUAGACGUUUUUCCCUUACCUUGGUAACAUAUACUAUUUCCUCCAAAAAAGAUUAAAUGGCAGAAUGACAUAAAAUAAAUGUUAACCUAUUAAAACAAUUAUAUUUGCAGAAUAUGCAAUAGUAAAACUGAGUAGCAAAAAAUAAAAAGAAAUACUAAACUUCUUUGUUUUUACACUAGUUCUCUUGUUCUUCAAUGCUGCUGAAUGACAGAAUUUCUGGAUUGGCUAUACAGCUCACAGGGGGUAAUAAGAGUGUUAAAAAGCAAAGAUGUCACUCUGAGGACUAAGGUGUACCUGACCCAAGCCAUAGUGUUUUCAAUCACCUCAUAUGCAUGUGAAAGCUGAACAAUGAGUAAGAAGACCAAAGCAGAAUUGAUUCAUCUGAAUUAUGGUGUUGGCAAAGAAUAGUGAAUACACCAUGGACUGCCAUGGUAUGACUGACCGCAGUUUCAGGGAUAUUUCUUUAAUUAACAGGUUUUACUGUUCUCUGGUUUACAAAUGUUAAAACUCAUCUUUGUCCAGAGGCUAUCUAGGUUGCUGGUAUCUUUUGGGCUGGUAUAGUUCUGGUCACACCAGUGGGGCUUUCCCUGAUUCUUUUUGUUGUUUUAAGUACUUUUACAAGCAUGAUUAUGCCCACAGGUAACAGGAAACCAGUGUUUCAAAAGAAAACUUGAUCACACUGCUAGAUAACACAGGUAUCCUAAACAAGUGCGUGAGCGCCUGGAGGCUCUCUGCUGCUGCCAGAAGUACAUAUUUUUUUGAUUGGUAAGAACUGCCAGAUGACGCUUCAUGAAAUAUAAAUGCAAGAAAGACUCAGAGAGCUCAGUAAAAACCUUCCACCCGUCAGUCUAGAAGGAUAAGAGAAAGACACUGUUAAGCAACUGCAGGAAAUGGCUUUCGGACUCCCAGUAUCUGUCUAUCUUUUAUUCAAUGCAAUGGCGGCAUUUACUGAAGAGGCAGCCAUCACUGUGACACCACCAAUCACAAUCCAGCAGAGUAACUGGACGGUUAACAAAACAGAAGCUGACUAUGCAGAAGGACCCAUAGCCUUGAAGUUCUCUCCUCCUUGCCUGGAAGACCACAAUAGUUACUGCAUCAAUGGUGUUUGCGCAUUCCACCAUGAGCUGGAGAAAGCUAUCUGCAGGUGUUUAACUGGUUAUACUGGAGAAAGGUGUGAGCACUUGACUUUAACUUCAUAUGCCAUGGAUUCUUAUGAAAAAUACAUUGCAAUUGGGAUUGGCGUUGGAUUACUAUUAAGUAGUUUUCUUGCUAUGUUUUACUGCUACAUAAGAAAGAGGUGUCUGAAACUGAAAUUGCCUUAUAACAUCUGCUCUGGAGGGAGACCACUGUGAGGCCUUUGUAAGAGAAAUUCAUCCAGACAUUUGUAAAAAUCAGUGGGUCCAAAACAGAAAUCUUCAGAUGAAACAAGAAAACUUCUCAAGCUGACUAGACUUGAAAAAAAGAAGGAAGUUGGGAUAACAAUAAGAUGAGAGGAAAAAAUUCGACGUUGGUCUUUAGUUAGGGUGCCAUGGGAGUCAAGUGAACAAGCUACAGUGACCGAAGCCAAGUUCCUAGUCCUACACUGGGUUUGCUGUUAUUACGUGGUUAUUGUUCUCACUGCAGAAACACUGAGUUUCAGCCUUCUGACCAUGGCGAUGUAAAUUUUCAUGGGAAUAAUUAUCUACCUUGCAGCAAGCCAAAGCGAUGUCAAGCUUGGGUUCUUCAUAUGCUUCCUACCAGCAUUUUAGAACGUUUAGACGGGGCUUGUCUAAGUCUAUGCACACUAUGGAACUAGUCCCAAAUAUGCUGUUGGUAUGGUGCCUAAAAGAGUGUGAUGUCAACUUUUAUGAUGAAAUCAGUGUUAUGGCAGCUUCAGUGGACCAAACGACACCAGAGAGAAGAAAAUAGGAUGUCCAAGCAAACGCAAAUCACACCCAGCUUGUCACAACGCUGUGCAGCCUUUAUCUGUGAAAUAUGGAAUAAGCUAAAGAGUGUUUGAGGACUGAGAGCUAUCUGGAUAUUGAGUCCAGAGUAGACAAAACAUUUCUGUUUCUGAAUGGAUUAUAAAACUUUUUGUUGGACUCAUUGAUCCCCUAAUGCUUUUGUUCAUCAGCUCUUCCUAUUGUCAGUGGAAUUACACAGUGACCAUCCAUUUGGACCAAAAUCCUAGAAUUCUCCUAAUGAAUAAAAGUCUACAAUUGGCCCUAAAUAGAAACUGAAGAACUGAACAUAAGAAUUUUUCACCAGCCAACAACCAAAGUGGAAAUUUUCUUUACCAUUUCUGAACACUUGAUGAUAGGUUUUUCACAUAGAGAAAAUGGAGCUAUGGUGGAACUGUUUGGGAAAUCAGGACCUUUUCUCUCUAAUCAUUUCUGUCACAUAAUUCAAGUAGUCCUAUACGGGUCCCUUAAUUUCUUUGGAUUUUGGUUUCAUUUUUUAUAAGGCCCUUCUAGCUUUAAAAUUUGAUAGUGGGAGAAGAGAGAAAAUUUUCCGGAUCUGCACCGAAGGCGAGAUUAUUUUCAAGGCUCCCAGCCCCAUCCCACCUCUAACCCCAAAACAUACCACUGGAUGUUACUUUAGGUAUAUAUUUACAAACUGUUUGGUUUAUAAAAUAAUAAUUUAAGGAUUUGUUUACAAAGAAAGUAAAAAAUGAAAUUAAAGGACAAUAGUAUUUCCUGUUUUUCUUUUAGAUUCACUCUAAAAGAACUUCUUUUCCCCCAUUGUGAUAUAGAUAAGCAAAACAAUUCUGAUCAUGAGACUGGUUAAAAGAGGAUCAAGCUUUAAUAUUUUUACAUUGGUAAGCCUGGUAAACAAGCCUUCCACUUAAAAUGUUAUGAUCUUUCAUUCAUGGCUGAAUCAAAACUUUACAUGCUGCUUCCCUUUGAAUAGAAGGUGCGCAGUUGCUUUGUUUUUUCUUCGGCAGGAGUUUCACGCAGAAGCAUCACAGGUCAGCACUUUCCACAUGCUCUCACACCGUGUCCAAAGGUUACGUCAUACCAAGGAGCGGGGAGGGGAAGGUUCCUCCCAGUGACUCCAGCAACCACACCUAGAAAGCUAUGCCCUUCCUGAGCAUUUCAAAAAGAUGUAAGAAAGCUGGGGAGCGCCCAGAAAGAAACAACAAAACUUAAUGAAGGCGAUGGAAAGGCUAUCUUGAUGAAAUGAAAGGGGAAUAAAUGAUAGAGUCUGGAGAGGUCAUAACCUAAAAGGGGGAAGAUGCUGCCUAUAAAUACUUGUAGAUCGUAAACACAAUAUGUAUAACUGAAAUUCGAAAAACAUCAAAGAGAGAAUUAAAAUUCCCAGAUUGCCAGAUGAAAAAGUCAACCAAAACCAAAACAACAGAGAUUCAAAUUUUUUCACCGGUGGUACAGUAUGCAUUAACAGCAUAAAAGUCCACCCAGCGAGAGUCUAUGGAAACGUAGAUUGUGGUUUAUGGGAAGCCAUCACUUUGUGGUUUGUCAUACAAAAUAAUCUUGUGAUUCCGUAACUUUUUUUUUUCAGAACUAAUUUUACAGGAAGGCAUCUGUAGCAUUCCUGCGGAGCUAGAGACAUAUCUGGCAAUAUUUACAUACAUAAGCAGGAUUUAAGGGAGAAAAUGCAUAAAUACAAGAUGUUGUGCAAAAUUUUUUCAUCUUCUAAGUUUUUGUAUAUUCGACAAGAUCCUGGAAAAAAAUAAAAUAAAAAACCUACAUGUGAAGCCUUGGCAUCAGAACUAGUUUUCCAGCUAUUAAUUGAUUCAUCAUUAGGUGACAUCCUUCUGGCAACUGUGAUUAAAUCAAACUGGUGGAGGGGCUCGUCAAUGUCUUUCAUUCCCCAUUUUGUCUCCUCCCUGUGUCUAUCAUUCAAUUCUUUAAGACAUAUUCUAUCGUGGACUGCGGAAUACAUUCUUAGGAUAUUGAUAUUCACGUAUGCUUUUACCGUUUAGCCUCUUAGAGCAUCAUGGGGGCAGGAGAAAACACUAUAAUCUCACACACACUUGAACUGGUAAGUAUACAAAAAAGGAAUGACAAUUACUUGCCAUUGUAUCUUCUUUCCCAAAGUUAGAUUUUUGUAUGAUUAUGCUUGAAGAGGGAGAAAUUAUAACAGUUUCAUCUUUUUAUUGUUUCCUGGAACAAUAUAAAUAGAACGCUUUAUUUUGAAUCGUCCAUUUUGGUGACGUCAAGGUGGUUUCCUUUUGUUCUAUGUAAUUGAAAAAAAAAAUUCUUAAGAAAACAACAAGGCAAACAUCAGCAAUUUAAGCUUUUGAUAUUGAACGUAAGGACAAUUCUUCUCUGCAGAAAGAACCUGAGUAAGCCAUAUAUUUAAGCCAUAUGCCAAAUGUAACAUGCUUUUCGUGGUGUGAUACAAAUAUUGAUAUCCUGCAACCCACACAGCUGGGAUGGGUUACCAGGAUCUCUCUAUUGCAAAACACCACUCUUUAUGGCUUACAUCAUGGUUGCAUGACAUCAAGCUACAAGCAGCUGCCAAGAUGAACUGGAAGUGUUGAAAUUUAAUUUGUCAGACUGUGGCACUGCUAAUCUGGGUGAGUCCACAUUAUCUGCCCAGACCUUUGGUGUGGUCCUAUUCAGUAGCACAUUCAGAAGCAUAUCUUCCAAAUUCAGCUCAAAUGUCUGUUAAUUACUCAAUCAAUCAAUGCACUAACUGCUUGGAGUAUGGAGUCUGGCAAUUAAUUUCCUAAGAAACCAAAGGCUAGGUCCCUUGAGAGUAUCCACUUGAAUAAAUGUGUCCAGCCAUUAUAUUUCAUUCUUCUUCUCAAACUAAACACAACAGACCUUCCACAUUGUGGGAAAUAUCCACAGCUUCCAAAGAAACAUCUCAUAAAGAUUAGGAACGUGAUUACUUGGUAACAAGGAAAAUUGUUUAGUCAGCUUGUGUAUAUAAUCAGUCUUUGUAAUUUUUAUGCCUCAGGUAUUAUUAGAACAUAAGUCAUUUAGAUUGAUAUUUGCCUAAGAUCAAAUUUGCAAAUUAAGUUUUGGUUAAGACUGUAAAUUUGAUUUGCAUUUAUCAAAUUAGCAAGUGUUACCUUUGAUCUUUAAGGUUUUAAUUAGACCUCACAUCUCGUAAGAAUGUCAUUUCUAGUUAUUUAAAAUUGCACAAGGGAAUUGAUUCAAUAAGAGUCCCUGCGUGAUGCAAAUAGUUAAUAAGCUCAGCUGCUAACUGAAAGGUUGGAGGUUCAAGUCCAUCCGGAUGCAUGUGGGAAGAAGGGCCUGGUGAACUACUUUUUGAAAAAAUCAGCCAUUGAAAACUCUCUGGAGCGCAGUUCUACUCUGACACAAAUGGAGGUGCCAUGGGUAGGAAUGGACUUGAUAACUGGUAUCGAUUCAACGUUAAGUCCUUUGGCAAAUUAAGUUUAAGCAACAGUAUAAUAUAGCUACUAUUUAUGGGCACUUACAGUGUUUGAAGAGUGUUAUUUGCAUUAUUUCAACGAAUUCACACCAGAUGGUGACUGAGAUUUGGAGAAGGUGAUUCACUUGUUUAAGGUUACAUUGACUUUAAGUGGCGGAGCCUGGACCUAAACUCAGAGAGAUUUGAUGCCAAAGUCCCUCAUCUAAACUCCAAAUGAUAACACUUCCCGGUGUUUUAUGGAAAGUAUUAGUGUUGAAGAUUGAUUUCUUGAUGAAUUUAGAGAUAUCCCAAAUGAUUUAUAUGUUAGUAAAGUUUCUUUUCUUUAAAAUGUAUCAAAUAAUAUCCUUUUCAGAGGUCAACCACAAAAAAAUUCCUGCUGUCAUCUCCAGAUGAUUAAGAUGUGUCAUCUACAGAGGAUUAAGAUCCUUAGGGUGGGGCCAAAACAGGCCUCAAGUGCCUGCUGGCAGUUGAGUGCUCAGUCUGGAGAGGGACUCUAGACUGCAAAUGAACCUGGGUUUAUUCCCCAGACUCAGGCGAUCAGGAGGCCACAUGGAAGACCUCAAUCUCAGCCUAUGGAGGAGGACUUGCUGCCACUGAUUUUACCCUCACUGGGACACAGCUGGAAACCCUGGUGGCAUAGUGGUUAAGAGCUACAGCUGCUAACCAAAAGAGUACCAGCUGCUCCUUGGAAACUCUAUGGGGCAGUUCUACUCUGUCCUACAGGGUCACAAUAAGUCAGAAUCGACUCGACGGCAACAGGUACAGGACACAGCUGGCUCAGUUUGGAGAUGGGACGAGGAGUGAGGGAUGCAAGUAGUUUUUAUAUCUACAACCUAAUCUCAUCAACAUCGUUCCCACCAUUCACUCUCAAUCCUACCCAUAACCCUAUGUACACCCUGGAGAAAAACAGUAAAUUCUGUUGGUCCAGUUUAGAGACAAAUAUGGAAAGAUAUACAUAGAUAUGUAUAUAGAUAUAUCUAUAGAUAUAUAGAGUCGUAUAUGUAUAUGAUCUGUCUAAUGGAUUGAGACUCAAACAACCUGUAUUCUAGUCCCACCAUGUGAUUAUUUAACUUUUCCGCACCACUUUGGACAUGGUAUUCUCAUCUAUUAAGUAGAGAAGUUAGACUCUGAAGAUGACCUCUACAUUCCUGUUGUGGUUGGAAGUUGUAUGUUGAAAACCAGCAGUCUGUAGGGAAGAUCCAUCUCACAAACACAGUUUCUUUGGCUUUCACGAUGUUUGGCUUUAGUCAAGCACAUAUUUAGACAUCAAGAUGUUUUAUCAUAAAAAUCUACCUUCCUGGCUUCUUUUGAAAAACAGAAUGCAUAGAACACUGGCUCUAUAUUCUCACAUAGCUUUAGUUAGAAGGAGUAUGCCCUCAACAUCAUUUCUGUCACUUGGGCUACCAGCUCAGGGUUCCUGUGGGCCUUUAGGUCUACAGCCGUGCUUUGAUUUUAAGGUCCUUCCUAAUGUAAGGAAACC